CACAGAUGUCAUUCUAUUAUAAAAAGAUCAGUAAAUGAUGUAUAUAUUUGUAAACGCUCUGAUGUGGGAAAUGAGUAGGAAUAAGCUUGGCUUCUUCCUACUCCUUUUCGGACAUGAUGUAAAGUGAAUGAUAUGAAAUAGUGUGAUGCAUUAUGCUGUAAGUGUGUUUAUGUUCGAAAUAAACUAAAGAAAGAAAGAAAGACAAAUAUUUUCAGCCGCAGUUUAAAAAAAAAAAAUUCUUAUUCACUUCCGUUGUCAACGCACUUUACUUCCGUUGUCGCCAUCUUCUCCCAUACAGGGAGCCGACCCGUACAGGGGGACGUCUCCAAAGUCCGCGGCCGCAGCGAGACCCUUCUCAGCAGACUAGUAGAGCAUUUUAGGCGUAUUGCUGCCCUCCACAGGUUCUUAACGGGAUUUCCUCGUUUUGUCCUAUGGCCCACACUACAUUCUACAGUACAGUAGGUGGCGCUCUUAACCUUUACUAACAAUUAGUAGAAGAAGAAGAAGACAAAUCGCUGUUUUGCUCAUUUUAUCCCGCGAGAUCCGAACAAAACAGAACGAGGGCGUACACAAAUAUGUAGUUGAAUACAUUAAACCUCGUUGAUUAAUGUUUAUAUUCGGAUACAUUAGUGCGUGCGCCCGUUUAAGCUCAUCGUACUGGCUUAACUCGCUAGUUAGCUUAGCUUGUUAGCUGCUAACAAGUGUGAUUGUGUGAAAAUGUGCGAAAGAACGAUAGCAGAGUACGAGGAGGAACUUAAUUGUCCAACAGGAGAGGAGAAGGAGCGACAACAUCAACUACUGGACGCUGUUUUCGUGAAACAUCAAGUUGUGUUACACAGAACAGAUGUUCAGCAGCCUCCCCACAUUAAAAGGGAAGAGAAGGAAGUGUGCCUCAGUCAGGAGGAAGAGGCUGAUCUCACUGUUGUUUCUUUGAAGACUGAAGACCAUGAAGACAAACCACCUCAGUCCUCACAGCUUCAUCACAGUCCAACCAUUACAUCGGAAUGUGGUGGACCACUUGAAUGCUCAGAUCAAAGGGAGUCGUACAGCACCCAGCAGGCUUUGGACUUGAUCCUGAACCAAGUGAACCCUUGUGACUCCGAUGGAGAAGACAUAGCCCUUCAGCUGAGUUCAGACUCUGAAAUUUCUUCUGAUGAGGAGACUUUACCGCCACCAGAAAAGAGAGGUCGACUGGAGACAAACACUUGGCCAACAGAAAAAGCAAAGGACGGCACAGUGUGGUGUGAAGAACAGGUCGGGAAGCCUCUCCCUCACAACCCAAUUGAAUCUUUCGCCACAGAUGGAGAGCCAUCUGCUUUAGUCCGAAAAACGGUGUCGAGUCGCUUACAGAGCUUCCUCUGUUUAGUCACUCCUGACAUGCUUCGAACCAUUCAGAAGUGUACUGUUCAGCAUGGACGCCAUACACAGCAUGGAAAUUGGUUCAUGGACCUUCCUGAACUAAUGGCGUUUAUUGCUGUCCUCAUCCUGCGCGGGGUGAUCAGACUUCCAUCGUUGAAAGACGCAUGGUCAGCAAAGCUGGGACACCCACUGAUCAUCGGCAUUAUGGCCCGAAACCGCUUCCAAGACAUCAUGCGACACCUACGCUUCGAUGACAAGGACACGCGCAGUGAAAGAGUUGGAACUGACAGGUUUGCUGCAAUGUCCGAUGUUUGGGGGUCCUUUGUUGCCAACUGCAUCACAUCCUACACACCAGGCAGGAACAUCAACAUCGGCGAGCAACUUUUUCAAACUAAGACCCGCUGCUGUUUCCUGCAGUACAUUGCAGCGAAACCUGACAAGAUCGGCAUCAAGUUCUGGGUGGCAUGUGACUCGAAAUCCAAGUAUGUGUGCAAUAUCAUCCCAUAUCUUGGCAAAGACCCCAGUUGUCCUAGACUGUCAGAAGAUGUGGCGAUGAGGCUCAUGGAGCCAUUCAUGGACAAAGGAAGAAUGGUUACCACAGACAACGUCUUCACAUCAUUGUCACUUGCGCAACGACUGCUCAGCCGGAAGACAACCCUCCUUGGCACAGUCAACAAGAUUCGCCGGGAGCUUCCAGAAUCAGCGAAAGAGACUCUGGGCCGCAAGGAAUUCAGCACUCGAGUGUUUUCAACUUCUGGUGCCACACUGACGGUUUACGCGCCAAAACGGAGGAAGACCGUCUGCAUCCUCAGCAGCAUGCACAGAGUGGUGGAGACUCGGCACACCCGGAAAAAAAAGCCAAACACACUCUCCGACUUCAACAGCAGGAAGGGCGGUGUGGAGGUGAUGGACCAGAUGGUGCGAGAGUACACCGUUCGCUCAGGAACACGGCGAUGGCCAGUCGCUGUGUUUUACAACAUGAUUGACAUUGCGGUGCUGAAUGCAUACGUGCUUUACCAGGCAUGUACUGGGGUCAAGGAGAGACGGCUGGACUUCCUGGUGGAGCUAGCAAGCGAGCUUGCUGAGUCGUUUGUGGGAGUCAAAAAGACGAAUAAGGGCAAUCUUCUUCGGCAACAACCUCCCACGCCUGGCCAAGGGAAAAGGGCAAUGUGCCAGGUGAACUGUCGGUGCAAGAGCAAUCAUGCCACUGUGCGCUGUGUUGAUUGCUACAAGUACACAUGUGGCAAAUGCAGAAAGGCGAUGGAGUGGCAGUGCCAAGUCUGUUCAGACCAUAUUGAAGGUUGAAGCGUUGACACACCCAUCAAACACACAAACAAGGACAAGCCACCAUCUCGACACGUGAGAAUUUUGGAGCCUAAAUGCAUUGGGUGUUAUUCUUUAUUACUUGAUCAGCAUACUGGACAAAUGUGUGUCUUUGUAUAUUUCAUUGAAGUCAUUUCUGAGUAAAAUAAGUCUUGUUGGAAUCUUGCGCAUCAGCAUUAAAUCCGAGCAAGAAAUUAAAAACAAACUGUGUUGACCUCUUACAAGGAAGGGAGGGGACAAUACAUUGUCGUUGUCAAAUCAAAAGUGGAAGUAUCAUUACUAGAGAUUGAUUGAUUGAUUGAUACUUUUAUUAGUAGAUUGCACAGUACAGUACGUAUUCCGUACAAUUGACCACUAAAUGGUAACACCCGAAUAAGUUUUUCAACGUUAAUCAAUUCAUGACAGAUGUACAGAAGGGUUUGGAUUUUUCCAGGAUGUUACAUUACAACACACUGAAAAGGUAAAGGCAAAGCAACAUCAGUUCCCUCUCUGUAAUAGAGAAGUCAUUGUCUCAUUUACAGAACAAUGGUGACAAGCUGUGCUGUUCACACUCGAGUUAGGAUAUUAGGAACUAAUCCAGCCAUUUUGCUGCCUUUUGGGAGCUGCGUGUAGAAAAGCCAAAUGGCUGCCCUUUGGGAGUUCUCAUGUUUGAAAAGAAUGCUAGCGAAUGGUUCUGCCUUGGUUAGUUGGAACUAAACCUAGAACUAACGUUUAGAGAACAUUAGAAUUAAUGCCGCAAUUUAGAAGGUUAUGUUAGAUGAGGUUACUUUAUUACUACCCGAAGGUAAACUUGUUUUGCAGCCAGCAAAGAUCAGGACAUCCAUUUAAACAUACAGAGACAGUAACAUCUUUGAUAUGCAAUACAAAUACCUACCACAUAACAAGCAUCACACACAUUGCCAAGAUCACAAAAUGGAUAAAACAUAUAAAAUCCCAAUCAGAUAGGAUUUGGGACAGGCCAGAAUAAAACACCAUAAUAGAACAAUAGAUUGCACUAUAAUAAAUAUAGGCAAAAAUAGGUACUACAGCUUAUUUAGUUCUGUGAUGGCAGCUGGGACAAAACUACAUCUGUACCGCAUGGUUUUGCCUCUUGGAAUUAACCCUUGUGUAAUGUUCAUAUUGUUGUUACUCAGCCAGCAUUUGUGGGUCUGAUGGACCCGUUGCAUUUUGUGGCUUUU